AUGUCGAUUGUUAAAUCCAUAGUUCGCGCAUCGCGAAUCAAUCCGAUUGCUACGCAGAGUAGUCGAUCAUCAGCAACGAUUCCACAGAAGAAUCCACAAGAUAAGGAGACUCGAAUCUCCCCGGCGAUCUCCACAGUCGUUCCGCAGCGGAAGGAAGGAAUUGAUCUGCCGAAUGAGAUUCUCAAUUUGAAGAAGACGGAGCAGUUCUUCGAUUCUCAAUCUGAAGAAGACGGAGCAGUUCUCCGAUUCAGCCAAAGCGGUUGCAUAAGUACAUUGAAUCUGGAGCGUGUUCGUCGAUUGAAAAGCAGACUUGUAGCCUUGACUCGUCGUGUUCAGAAGGUUAGGGAUGAGAUAGAGCAACUUAUGGACGAUGAUGGGGACAUGGCUGAAAUGUAUUUUACUGAGAAGAAAAUGCAGAUGGAAUCAUCAUCAAUUUAUGGUGAUCAAUCUGUGGUUGGAUACAAGUCAACUGAUGGUGUGCUGUCUGUUUCUGCUCCAGUUUCUCCUGUUUCGUCUCCUCCUUAUAGCAGCAGGAAGCUCGAAAAAGGUUUGAGCAUAGCCGGAAGCAGGCAUGAGAGCAUGAGAAGUUCAGAAAGUGCUGCAGAAGCUCAAAGUAUAGAGGAGCUCGAAAUGCUCUUGGAGGCUUACUUUGUCGUCAUUGAUAGCACCCUCAACAACUUAAGGAGUAUAUCGAUGACACAGAAGAUUUCAUCAACAUUCAGCUGGACAAUGUCCGGAACUAGCUUAUAA